AGGUGAUGUCACAAAGGCUAAGAAAGUUUCGAUAAUAUUCACAAGCAGCCCUUUUCUUAUAGAGUAUACUUCCUUAUUUCUCAGUUUUAAGGUUUUAUCAAUAAACAGCUUUACCCAAGAGUUAAGCUUUAGGACCUUGAUGUUGUUUACAAAUUCAGUAGUAGUGUUCAUUCUUUCAUCUUUUCUUUCUAGAACUUCUUUUUGAAUUCUUGAACUCCAAAUUGCAAUGUAAUAGUUCAAAAUAAAAAGAGCCGCUCCGACUCCAAUGGCUGGAAAUAAGAACCAUCCAAAAUAAUACAGAAGAAAGAUGGUUCCGAAGAGAAGCUGAAUAGGAAGUCGUGCUACUGGAGGAAGACCCCAGGCAAUUCCAAAGACUUUGUCAGCAUCUACUUGGAUAAAGUUGAUAAUUUCUCCUUGCUUAAAAUCUUUGUUUGUUGAUGGAAUUAGAAACUAACCCAGAAUAUGCACUAUCUCCAAGGACACAUUGUAAGAAUGCAGAAUAUUCUUCAAGAAGGAAGGAUAGCCAACUUACAACAAUGAAGCCAACUAUAAGCCCUAUCCCGAUCCAGAUAUUAUCAUCUUCUUCAGGAGUUGUUGACAUAAAGUUGAUAAUUCCCAUUAUCAGAAAGGGAAUGGAAAUAUGAAGUCAUACCACAAUAAAAUUAAUGAAGAAGGCAAACAGAAAAUCCUUCAUAUGUGUCUUUGCAAGAGUUUUGAUUAUUGCAUAUUUGCCACUCCCUUUAUACUUCUCCCAGUUAUCUUUAAACCUCUUUCCUUGAUAUAUUGAGCAAUUCUUCUUCCAUAUUUUUCCAAAAUUUUCGAUUUUAAAAUCAUUUUUCCUUCCAUACUAGAUAAAAGUUCUAAUGUUUUCUGAUAUUGAGGCACCAAAUUUUAUGAUAGAGUUUUUAAUGCUUCCAUAACAAAUUUUAGGAAAACACAUAAACUUUCAAAUGAUCCAAACAAUAAUAAGCCUAUCUUAAUUUUCAAACACUCCAAAACACCAAAUCAGGGAAACAUCCUAAUUUUUCUUACCUUCAACACCUUAUAAGGCCAGCUGAACAAAAUUUUCCCAAAGACCCCUGCCUCAUCCAAGGGGUGUUCCUUAAAAAUUGACUCGGGAUGUUCCCACUCUUGUCCUUCCUCUCCCUCUUGAACGAGGGGUUGCCUCUGUUGGUCGGGCUGAUUUUCCAAAAUAUCCAUUGGAAGUUUUCUAAGUUAAGUUUAUUAAGGAUCUUGAGGCUAAAAGUCUUUUGAAAUGAAAUUAGCCAAUUAGAUUG